GAUGGUACCUUGGCGAAGCAUGUAUGUUUCAAGCACGUACCUUCAACUACUGAGCUAAUAUACCUAGUGCCAUCUUUCAUCUUUGGGGCAAUCCUUGGGCCUUUUUGUAUCAAUCUGAUAGACGCCAGUCGCUGGAGCAAUAGCAGUGAUGGAGAGGCCGUUGGAGGAAUUGCCUAUGCUCUAACGCGUAUGGUCAUUGGUAUUCAAAUGGUCAAAGUCGGCUACGAACUACCAAAAAGAUAUCUACGCCGGCGUGCAAUGGCUGGUAACAUCAGCAUGUAUCAGGCUGAUGAUACCUCAUCUAUCCUUUCCUGCAUCAUCGGAUCCUGUGUCAUUUGCAUCGACCCCGUGCUUUCCCAAGCCAUUGCAAAGGGUCCAUUCGCCGAUAAAUAUGUUCGAAGACACCUGCGCGAAUUCAUAUCAGCCGAGGCUGGAGGGAACGAUGGAUUUGGCUUCCCGUUCUUGAUGUUGUCAAUUGCACUGCUACGCUAUGAUGAUACGCCAAAAAGUGCAACGGGUCAUGUCAAGCGGGAUUGGAUUGGAGCAACGGAUGCUGGCCGGUUCGGGGGAGAUGUUGGCCGAGCUUUGGCACAUUGGGCUGUUGAAGGAGUCUUAUAUAUGAUUAUUAUGGGUGCAGGAUAUGGACUUUUAGUUGGGUUUGUCGGCCGGAAAGGGCUUAAUCUGGCCUCGAACAAGAGAUGGAUCGACAAAGAGAGCUUCUUUUUAUUUCCAGUCGCUAUCGGCGUGGGUGUCUUAUUCUUCCUUACUUUUGGCGAUACACUGCUUACGACCUGUUUCCAGCUUUUUGUUGUUGGUACAUGUGGCUGCUUUGGAACUGAUGAAACACUGGCCUGCUUCAUCGCUGGAUGUGCCCUAAACUGGGACGGUCGGUACCAUUCCGAAGCCGAGGCCCGACAUGAUUCAUUCAACUCGUCCAUCGAGACCGUACUCAAUUUUGGGACAUUCGUCUUUCUCGGAGUUGUCAUGCCCUGGGACCAGCUUCACAUGCCACAUAUUACUGGAAUAACCAUAGCACGUUUAAUUGCCUUGGGUGUAUUGAUAGUUUUGUUCCGACGCAUUCCUGCGAUUAUGCUCGGGUAUCGUUUCAUACCCAAAAUCUGUGGUGACUGGAAAGAGGCACUUUUUAUGGGUUAUUUUGGCCCCAUAGGUGUCGGGGCCGUAUCUUACGUUGAGUAUGCACGUCGAUUGCUGCCAGAUCCUGGGGAAAGUGAUGCCGAGAUCAAUCAUUUGACAGCAGCCAUGAUUCCAGUGGUUUAUUGGCUAGUAUUCUUCUCAAUAAUCGUCCACGGGCUGUCGAUCCCGGUACUGAACAGCAUUUACGAGUGGCUCCGGGUCCCUGCUAUUCGCGAUAACCCUGUGGAGAUUCUCUUGUUAUCUGAGAAUGAGCCAGUGCCCAAUAACAGUGUCGUAGAUCGACAGACGCAUUCAGUCACAGUAAACAACAGAUUCUCAUGCGUCUCUCAUCACACAAAUGGCUCCACUGUAAGCUGUUCUGUACCGGAAGAACCAAGCGCGAUGAUGCUACGAUCCAGUGGGCAAAAUCACUAUUCGGCAUCUUUAGCACGGACCUCAACCAAGGGGUCAACAUGCCAGGCCGAGCAGACCGCUGCACGGGAAGUCGUGUAG